AUGGCUGAUUUCGCUCAACCUCCUUCUAUUGAUACCACACAGCAACAUCUCCAACAACAACCCAAGCUGGAUGAAUCUCCCGUUCCAUCUGCCACAGCACCACCUGCCAAUGGAGCUACUCUUCCCGCUGCCAGCAAGGAUGCUGUCUUUGAUACCCCUCCUCCCUCUGUAAAGCCAGUCAUCAAUACCAACACCACCAACAAAGUUCCUUCUGGUAAAUCGUUUUCCUACAAGUCGCCUGACAUCAAGUUUGAGGAUGAUGCUCCUGCUUAUUUAAAGACCAAGGUAGAGUCUCUCAUCUACUGGGAAUAUCCCAAGAAGAGCGCCGUCUUCCUCCUUUCAUCUCUCAGUAUCCUGAUCUUGACACAAUAUUACUCUCUCUUGCAAAUAAUUGCUGGUGUAUUCACUCUUGUUACUGGAUUGAAUUUGGUAUUUGUUCUUAUACACAAGCAAGGUCAACGGUUCAUUAGCGGAAAGUCGAGUGACAACAUUUCCAAUCCUCACAGUGAACGUCUCAACAGCAAAGGAUCCUAUAUUCCCCGUGAUCGCGUCUUACGCACAGCACAGUUAACCAUCGAUGUUGUUGAAGUGAUCACACAGCAAAUCACAAAGUUAGUAUUGAUUGAAGAUACCUGGCGCUCUGCCAUCUCCUUGGUUGCCUCUUACUUGGUCUGGACUCUCGCAAAAUACGUAUCAACAAAGUACUUGUUUGGAUUCUUCUUGGUGUCUGCAUUCAGUUUGCCUCGCCUCUACCUUCAAAAUCAAGACAUCGUUGAUGCCCACGUCGCUCGUCAAUCCAAGAAAGCACGCAUCUUGGCUGAGCAAUAUGGUGGUGUUGCUGCUACCAAGGCCAAGGAACUCACUGCGCAGGCAAAGACCUUUAUCAAGUCCAAGUCUGCCUCUGUUCCCAAGCCUGGUGCUGCUAAUCCAGCUGCCACUAUCCAAGAGCCAACAAAAAAGACUGAAUAA